AUGCUGGCGGUGGGGCAGAUGGACGGCAGCCCCCGGCAAAGCGCCUUCCUGCUCGGCAGCCCGCCCCUGGCCGCCCUGCACAGCAUGGCCGAGAUGAAGACCCCGCUGUACCCGGCGUACCCGCUGCCCGCCGGGCCGGCCUCCUCCUCCUCCUCCGCCUCGUCCUCCGCCUCCCCGUCCCCGCCGCUGGGCUCCCCCAACCCGGCCGGCCUCAAGCCGCCGGCCCUGGCCAGCCCCCCGCAGCAGCUCUCGGCCGCCACCCCGCACGGCAUCAACGACAUCCUGAGCCGGCCCUCCAUGCCCCUGGCCGGAGCCGCCCUGGCCUCCUCGUCGCCCUCCGGCUCCUCCUCGUCCCCCGCCGGCCUCCUGGCCGGCCUGCCCCGCUUCAGCAGCCUCAGCCCCCCGCCGCCGCCCCCCGGGCUCUACUUCAGCCCCAGCGCCGCCGCCGUGGCCGUGGGCCGCUACCCCAAGCCCCUGGCCGAGCUGCCCGGCAGGACCCCGAUCUUCUGGCCGGGGGUGAUGCAGAGCCCCCCCGGGAGAGACGCGCGCCUCGCCUGCACCCCCCAUCAAGGUUCAAUUUUGCUGGAUAAAGACGGAAAGAGAAAACAUACAAGACCCACUUUUUCUGGCCAGCAGAUUUUCGCCCUGGAAAAGACUUUUGAGCAGACCAAAUAUUUAGCAGGACCAGAGAGAGCCAGGCUAGCCUAUUCACUGGGGAUGACAGAGAGUCAAGUCAAGGUUUGGUUCCAGAACCGGCGCACCAAGUGGCGGAAGAAGCAUGCGGCCGAGAUGGCCACGGCUAAGAAGAAGCAGGACUCGGAGACCGAGAGGCUGAAGGGGGCCUCGGAGAACGAGGAGGAGGACGAUGACUACAACAAGCCUCUGGACCCCAACUCCGACGACGAGAAGAUCACCCAGCUGCUGAAGAAACACAAGUCGAGCAGCAGCAGCUUGCUCCUGCACACGUCUGAGAACGAGAGCUCCUCUUAAAGGGGGUUCCAGAGGAGGGGCCGGGGCCCAGGCCGAC